AGUUAAAAAGGAAAAUCAAAGACUUUGAAACCCAUUUUGGAUUGAGCUUCAUGAGUACUGGAUUAUGUUUGUGAUAAUCAAUUUCAAAAAAACAAAACUCCACUUUUACUUCUUCAUUGGAAGGCCAUCCGUUCAUCAAGAAUAGUACUGAAAGCAAGCUGAGUAGAAAGCUUACUUACUUAUAAAGUGGACCAAUUUGUUAUUAGCUUCUUCAUAUCACAAUAAUGGCCAACCUCACAAAUUUAAUCUUGAUCAAGAUGAUGUUCUUCAUUGUGUUUAUUGGAUGGAUUUUUAUCUGGGUUAUUAUUCCAACCAAUACUUACAAAAAUUCAUGGAUUCCCAAUCUCACUAACAAGAUUGACUUGAUUAAUUUUUUUGGGUCUCAAGGGACAAAUCUUCUGUUUCUGAGCUUCCCUGCGAUGUUAAUGGCUGUUUUGGGUUGUGUGUAUCUACAUUUCGAGACUAAGAAGAAGAUUGCUCACGACUUGAAUGGUAUGCAGCGUCCGAAUUUCUUGAAAAAACCGGUUCACAUAUCGAGUACUUUUGGUAUUCUAACAAUGACAGAGCUUCUAUUUGUUACAAUGUUUUGUGCACUAUUGAUAUGGUCUUUUGUCAAUUAUUUGUACAUAAGCUUUGGUCACCUCUACAUAUAUCCAAAAGGAGAGAAAAUAUGGCAGGCCAAGCUUAGCAGCGUGUCGCUUAUGUUGGGAUACACUGGAAACAUCUGUUGGGCAUUUUUGUUCUUUCCAGUAACAAGAGGAUCUUCAAUCUUGCCAAUGAUUGGAUUGACGUCGGAAUCAAGCAUCAAGUACCACAUAUGGAUCGGUCACAUCUCGAACCUCCUCUUCACUCUACAUACAAUUGGUUACAUUGUCUAUUGGGGUAUAACCAAUCAAAUGUUCUGGAUGCUAGAUUGGGGCAAAACAUAUGUUUCUAUUGUAGCUGGAUGGAUAGCAAUGUUGUUUGGAUGGGCAAUAUGGAUAACAAGUUUUCCAUCCAUUAGAAGAAAGUCAUUUGAGCUCUUCUUUUAUACCCAUCAUCUCUAUCUUUUCUAUAUUGUCUUCUACAUGUUACAUGUUGGUGGAACAUAUUUGUUCAUGAUCUUGCCCGGGAUCUUCCUCUUUAUCAUCGAUCGAUAUCUCAGAUUCUUGCAAUCUCAAAAAAGAGCAAGAUUAGUAUCUGCCCGCCUCUUGCCGUGUGGUGUGGUUGAGCUCAACCUAUCCAAAUGCCUUGGUCUUCAUUAUAAUCCCACAAGCAUAAUGUUUAUCCAAGUGCCUAGCAUUUCUAAGUUACAAUGGCAUCCUUUCACUAUCAUUUCUAGUGGAAACUUGGAACCGGAUACGAUAAGUGUCACCAUUAAAAGCUUAGGAACAUGGAGUCGAAAUCUAUAUCAAGAGCUUUCUUCUUCUUCCAAGACCCAUCUAGAGGUUCAUGUAGAAGGACCAUAUGGACCUGUUUCAUCUGACUUUUUAAGGAGGGAAUCUUUAGUAAUGGUAAGUGGAGGAAGUGGUAUCGCCCCAUUCAUCUCCAUAAUUCGCGAAGUCAUACACCUAAGUACGCAACCUGGAUUGCACAUUCCGAGGAUGUACUUGAUAUGUGUUUUCAAGAACUCGAUAGAUCUCACCAUGCUCGAUCUUCUAUUGCCAACAUCAAGCGUGAUCUCCCAAGAAAUAUUUUCCAAGUUAGAGUUGAAAAUAGAGGCCUAUGUCACUAAGGACAUUGAAGAGCAGCCUAAGCCUAACCGAGAUCUUAUCCGUUCAAUAUGGUUUAAGCCAAGUCCGAAUGACUCUCUAGUUACUGCAGCACUCGGAUCUAGAAGUUGGCUCUGGCUCGGGGCAAUAAUCACGACCUCCUUCGUCAUGUUCCUACUUCUUCUUGGGACUGUGAGUCGUCGCCUUAUUUACCCGAUUGAACACAACCAACAAUAUUACAACUUCAGUGGGAAAGUCCUUUGGGAUAUGUUUUUUGCUUGUGUUGGCGUGUUUAUUGUCACUAGUGCAAUAUUUUUAUGGCAAAAGAGGGAGUUAUCGAGUACGGAAGGCAAGCAGGUUCAAAAUGACGAGUUGUAUUUUCAUGAUGGCGAGACGAAAGAGUUGGAAAGUCUCCCACGAGAGUCUCUUGUUCAAGACAUAACCGUGUAUCAUGGUACAAGGCCCAACCUUAAGAAGAUAUUAUUCGAUUGCAAAGGAUCUGAUGUCGGGGUGAUGGUGUGUGGGCCGAAGGAAAUGAGGCACGAGGUAGCGAGAAUAUGUUCUUCGGGUUUGGCAGAAAACCUUCAUUUUGAGGCCAUCAGCUUCAAUUGGUAAAAUUGAAUGCAUGGUUUGACACACAUAAUUUGAAGAUACAUAUAUAGUUUAAUUUGCUUGUGAUUUUAAAAGUAAAGUUGUUUACUUACCUUUGUUUGUUGUUAUAAUUUGGGUUCUAAACUCUUAUAAUGUUUUCUCUUUGAGAUAUUCUUUUAAUUUAUCAUUUGUUGUUGUAUGUGAUGCAAUAUAUUAUAUAUGUA